AUGACUUUGCGAUUAUUUGUUGUUCCGAUCUCCACCAGAAGAGCCUUGAUCUAUGCCCGACUCCUGCGCAAGGAUGUUUCGAAGGAGCGCUCCAUUCUAGACCGGAUCACCGACAAGGCGGCGCAGACUUGGACCCAAUGGGAGGAGGCUGAUAAGGGCUGGAAGACGCACAUUGUGUCGUGGGGGAAUCGAGUUCAGCAGCGGAUACCGUAUGAAGAAUGGGGUCUCAAAAGCAUUCCCUCGUUGAGCUCUCAACGGCGGAUUGAUGAAUCACAUGGAACAACACGUGUAGAUGUCUUAUUUCCAGGCAAUGCGAUCAAGGAGGAGAAGCUGAUCCCCAUGCUGCAUCAACUCUCGAAAGCACGACAAGAAUUGCAUCGACGGAGGAUGUGGUGGAGCUUCAUCGCUGCCCCCUUGACGGCGCCAAUUGCCCUGAUCCCUAUAAUACCGAAUAUCCCAUUCUUCUACCUCGUAUAUCGAGGCUGGUCACAUUGGCGAGCUUUGAACGGGUCCAAACAUUUGCAGUUUCUCGUCGAGAAGAAUCUGCUAAAUCCGAUAUCACACCCAGGACUAGUGGAACUAUAUGCGAAACGCGUCUCGCGCACUUUAGAAGAGACGCAACGCGAAAUCCCAGCUGCAGAGAUGGUCGAGAAUGUAGAGAAGAGCGAUGACAGGAUAUUACUUCGAACGAAAGAUGCGAAGAAGCUUGCCACAAUACUCGAUGCACCUGGCCUUGCUCUAGAAGCGGAACGAGCCGUUAUUCAAGUUUCAGAGCAGCUCAAGGCACCAGAAGUGUCUCAACAAGAGAAAGACGGCGCAAAGGCAUCGGAGAAGAAACAGAAAUAA